UUAGUAUGUCGAAAAUGCAAAUUUUGGUGUGGCAUGUUCUCUCUUCCCCGUAACUCCUUGACGAACAUCCCGGAGGAAGUCGCGCCGAUAACAUGGACUCAUCUAACUAUUCCACAAACGGUACAGAUUAUUCACAUCAUACAGAAUCACAAGGACAAUCUAUGGAUCAGUCAGAAGAUUCUAGGGGAGGUAGGAAAGCAGGGGAAAGAAUUUAUGCAUCAAAAGAGCAAGAUGAUGACAAAAAGCUGUUUGUUGGAGGCAUUGCCUGGGAAACAACAUCAGAUAAACUUCAAGCAUAUUUUUCAGCAUUUGGAAAAGUAGUAGACUGUGAUAUCAAAAAAGACCAGGUCACAAAGAGACCCAGAGGCUUUGCCUUCGUUCUUUUUGAGAAUGCAUCAUCAGUGGAAAAGGUCCUGCAAACACAAGAACACAGACUAGACAACAAGAACAUCGAUCCCAAGCCUGCCAAAGCCAUCAAGAAACCAGAGAAGAAGAAGAAGAUCUUCGUUGGAGGAAUCGGCACAGACUUAAAAGAUGAACAACUCUUGGAAUAUUUCAGCAAAUUUGGAAAUGUGGUAGAAUCAGAGUUCCCAGAAGACAAGUCAGGGAAGAGACUAGGCUUUGCAUUUUUCACAUAUGAAACGUCAGACGAAGCACAAGAUGCACAGAAGAGUAGGUUUCACACCAUAGGAACUAAGAAAGUUGAAGUAAGCGAAGCAGUAUCAAAGGAAGAGAGGCAACAAAUGAAGAUGAGAGCAAGCAUGGGCAUUCGACCAGGAAGAGGAAGAGGUGGAGGAUUUGGUCCCGGGUUCAAGGGUGGAUAUGGAAGCUACGGAGGAUAUGACGAAUCUGGUUACUAUGGUAGCUUUGGUGGUGGUGGAGGCGGCGGUGGCUACGGCGGUGGUGGCUACGGCGGUGGCGGCUAUGGUGGUGGCGGUCAAGGAUACCAACCUGGCCCUGGGUUUUACCCUGACUAUAACCAAGGAGGAUACAACCAAGGAGGAUACAACCAAGGAGGUGGCGGCGGUUACGGAGGAUAUGGCGACUACAGCAGCGGUGGUGGCGGAUACGGAGGCAGCUACGGCGGUGGUGGCGGCGGCGGAUAUGGAGGCUACAGUGGAUAUGAACAAUCAGGGCCCGGCAAAGCCCCAGUUGAUCGACGUGGGGGCAGAGCCCAACACCCCUACUCUCGCUAAAGACGUGUUUUAAGGCCAAGAAGGGGGACCCAUACAUAUACAGAUUAACGAUGGACACUCGUAAGGAGUCGAUGCUUGCCCCUUUGCC